AUGAUAUUCGCGUUGAAAAAUCUUGCGUCGAGUGCGAAAAUUGUUUCGCAGAUCACGUUUAACUCGAAGGAAGAUGAACGGAGCUCGAAUUUAGGCGAAAUCAAUGGUCAAGCAACGACAGUUCCACAAAUUUCCAAAUCUUCGCAUUUUAGAUCGAUCAGUGACGAUAAAUUUACAGCGUCGAGCAGUUUGACGGAAAGAAAUCAUUUCCCACAAAAUUAUUUAACAAACGAAUCAACUGUUGUUAACAAUAUUCGAAUUACGACUGAAAAUAGAGUAAAGUCGAAGGUGGACACGUGUAAUAACGGAAUUUGCAACGUCUCUGUGUCAUCCAAACAGGAUAAAGAUGGUAAUAUCGUGACUGAUGUGCAUCUCAGCAUAGUAACGAAAUUGGAAACUGAUUCUAACAAUAAGACAAACGAUAUUCCAUUUGUGGACGGAGUUCGUGGUAUAGGAAAUACGUAUGAUCAUUCACUUGAUCCUCAUCAUCUGAAUUAUUCACGUCCAUCGACGUACUUCUACAACAGUAUUCCACAGAUCCAAAGCCGUUAUCAAGGCGGCGAACCUUGGUACCAAGGUCGAAGGAUGUUCCAAAGACCUGAAAUUUGGCGUUCCCAUUCUUCGGACCGUUAUACCGGAUGGUUACCUAACAGACUCGUGGUUGACGAUAAAAUUGAACCACCGUUUAGCAAAACUCAACGAAAUAACGAAUGA